ACCUAUCGCCAAUGUCCCCGUAGAGGUGCUGUAUCGUCACUCUUUUAUCUGUUUGUUUGCACCGAUCACUUUGACACUCCUUUGUUUCUAUUGCCUGCUGUACACUUCACUCCUUCGUGUACAGUCCCAGCCACUCCUCGGGGACAUUUUCGGGUAUCUUCAGUUCCGAAAACAGCGCGUCAUUCACUCGCUUACUCGAUAAAACAUUCGACUCUCGUUGUUAUUGUUACUGUUAAUAUCCAACUACCUACCUUCUUCUCAGCUCUUCGUUAAGAUCAACGACGCUUUGUACACCCACAACUAGGGAAUGGCUUUGGUACGGGACCCGGAUUUCUGGCGCCGUUUCUCGCGCGCCAUCCGUCUGGACGAGGAAGCAAAGGGACCUUCUGAGAGUGCAGAAACGGUGGUAUACUCACACGAGUGGAUUCAACGUCAACAACACAAGAAACGAAAGACCUGCGCCUGUGGCUUCCUAAUCGCCUUCCUCGUGUGUUUCUUCAUCGCAGCGGCCGUGGUGGUGAUCUGGUGGUUCGCUACGCACAACUGGCUACGUGAGCCGGCACAUGAAAAAGUCGAUUCCCAAUAAUGGCCCAGGCUCAUGCACCAUGGCCUUUCGAUUGUCGAUGAGCGUCUCGAGAGAGAUCUUUCCUAUCUAUACAAGAAACGUGAGAGGAUCCCUGGACUUCGACAAUCCAGCUUGACGGACAUAAUCAUCUAUGUGACUAGGUUAGCAGGUUUCCUUUGUGGCGUUUGGGUGGUUGAUUUCAAAAAAUACCCUUUCUUUUGGUCCCGCUCUUGAGUAUAAGCUAGAGCCAUUCAGGUCAUUCUUGGUGUUUGGCGUUAGGUCGAUUAGUACGAAAUAAAUUUCAUACAAGUACUUUUCGGCGGUCCAGUAGAAAUCCAC